AUGCCUAGGCUUUGGGGAGACGACACCUACGAUGGCAUCACUGACCUGGUCACUCAGCCCUGGAAAGGCGCCCAAGAAGGGGGUGCCAGCGGCUUUGUCAAAGGAAUUGGCAAUGGAAUCCGGGGAUCUAUGGCCAAGCCGGGCGCAGCCCUUUUUGGCAUCCUGGGCCAUAUGGUGCAGGGGGUCAGCAAAGAGGUGCAGAAGUUGUUCGGCAGUGAUGUGCAGAGCUAUACCAUCGCGUCUAGGGCAGCUCAAGGGUAUGAGGAGUGGCUGCAGGGCUUCGAAGCAGAAAAGCAAGACGUCAUCGCUUGGUGGAAGCUGAUCCAGAAGGCUCUGAAAAAAAAGGAGAUCCCUAAAGAGAUAAACCAGCUGUAUGGAUGUAAUCUAGAUUACAAUUUCUAG